AUGGCUUCAACUCUGUGCCAUUCCAAUAUUAUGCUGUGCCAUACCAGUACUGCGUCAAUUACGACGAGGUUCGCAUUGAGUGAGUCAUCUUGCCUGCGCCGCUGCGCUACAAUACGGGCAGAGAGCUGGCGGCAGCUCACUGCUCGGAGCUACGACUGGUAUUGCCCUCGACGUGAAUCGUCCUUGGUCGUCGGCUACCUCCUGACGGAUUAG